AAGAAAUUAAAACGAACAAAACCAGAGGGAGAGCGCUAUCUGUAUCGAGAAAGCGUGGUUCCAAAGCGAGGCUAGAGAGAGUUCUUCUUCUUCUUCUUCUUCUUCUUCGUCUUUUCGUUUUUGCUGGAUUGAUUGGAUUUGAAUUCCUCGAGGCAGGGCGGGACAGAGAGGGAGGUGAGUUUGUGGAUGGUUGAAGAGAAAUAAUGGAAAUUCAGUACAUACAAAGGCACCACAAGCACGAGCCCAAGGAGAACCAAUGCACUUCCGUUCUCUUCAAGCAUAUCAAGGCCCCUACCGAUCUGGUUUGGACGUUGGUGAGGAGAUUUGAUCAGCCCCAAAAGUAUAAGCCUUUUGUAAGCAGAUGUAUUGUGCAAGGUGACCUUAUGAUUGGCAGUCUCAGAGAGGUAAAUGUGAAGUCUGGGCUUCCAGCCACAACUAGCACUGAAAGGUUGGAACUGCUUGAUGACAAUGAGCACAUCCUUGGCAUUAGGAUUAUUGGUGGUGACCACAGGUUGAAGAACUACUCUUCAAUUAUCACUGUCCAUCCAGAGGUAAUUGAUGGGAGGCCUGGAACACUAGUGAUUGAGUCGUUUCUGGUGGAUGUGCCCGAUGGAAACACUAAAGAUGAGACAUGCUACUUUGUUAAGGCCCUCAUCAAUUGUAAUCUCAAAUCUUUGGCCGACGUCUCAGAGAGAAUGGCCAUGCAAGGUUGGGGACUCAUCAAUCGCGCGUGAGUUGGUUGAUUAGAGGAAUCCAAAAAAAUUCUAAUACCUGUUGAAGCUUUCCAGACUCCAGUUAGAGCAGAUCAUCCACUUUCCCAGAAGUUUUGUACACAGCCUGCUCAUAGCUUCACCAUUUUCAUUGUCUUUUUGAUUUUCUCUUCUUUAUUACUCUUAAGCUUGAUGCUGGCUUUAUCUUAUCGUAGUGUCCUGGUAAUUAUACAUGUAUGGGAGAGCCCAGUUCUCUCCCUCUGUUAUGUUCACGGUCAUGGAUGUUGGUGGCUUGGAAGUCAUUGUGGUGUUAACCUGUAAAUAAAUCCCUGUUAAAGAUGCUUUUCUCUAUA